AUGACACAUGUUCGAUACAUAUUGAUUGAUGAAAUGAGCUUUAUCGGGGAAUACUUAAAUGAAAACAUAGAUUCCAAAUUACGUCAGGCUUUUCCAAAAAGUGCAAGUCAAACAUUUGCAGGAAUAUCUAUUAUUUUGGUUGGGGAUCUUGGACAAUUGCCACCAGUGAAUGAUAAGGCACCAUAUCAAAGCAAAAGGAGAGCAAAGUUAUUGUGGGAAGAAUUUAAAACUAUUAUUACAUUAGAUCAUGACUUUCGGCAAUAUGGACAAAAUAGUGAGCAACAAAAAUUCUGCCAACUUCUAACAAAUAUUAGGGAUGCAAAACCUACCAUAGAUGACUGGAUGUUGUUAAUGACACAUUCUAAUACAACAAUUGAUGCAACAAUCAACCAAGAAUUUGACAACAAUGGUUAUGCUAACAUCAAAUCUAUGGAUCUAGAAUCAAGACUUGUAAAUGGAGCUCUUGGAAACAUUCAUAAAAUUGUAUAUCGACCUGGAAGUGUUCCACCACAACCACCAACAUAUGUAUCGGUUGAAUUUGACAAUUACUCAAGCAUACCAUUCUAUGAUCACCAUCCAUUUGUAGUUCCAAUUACAACAAUUCAAAGGGGUGGUUCUUUACAGAUACCAUUGUGUUUGGCAUGGGCGUUAACGAUACACAAAUCUCAAGGAUUAACACUUGAUAAAGUCAUUGUUGAUAUAGGACCAACAUAA